UUUUAAACUGAGAACUGCGCCUUACAUGCAGCUGAAAUCAUUUGGCAUAUGUAGAGUCUUAGGAGAGACUCACACACUUGUGCGCUGUGCACAGAGAGAGAGAGAGAGAGAGUGAGAGAGGAAGGAACAGAGGAACAAUCAACUCAGCUAUUUGAAACUUUAAAGCCACACUUCACUUCUGCAACCAAUUUCAGUGCAUUUUUUCCCCCUUCUGGAACGUCUUCGGAUACCAGCAUUUGCUUUGGGAUAAAGUUGAGGAUGGCGGAGCUCUCUAUCAAUGAUCACUUGGAAGGAAUCCUGUCAGAUUUUGAAGCUCUGAAACGUUCGUUUGAAAUUGACGAUGUGAAUGAUGAGCCUCCGCUUUCACCCGUCUCUUCGCUCAGCUCGCCCUUCCCUCCGGCCUCCAGAAUGGUGCAGUCGCACACGCUCAAUGAAAACUUUGCGCCUUCUCCGUCUUCUUACCACGCGUGGGUCACGAGGAACUCUGGCACCGCCCCGUCCCCAGGCCCUGCCCAACACAGGAAGGUCUCUUCAAGCUUUUCCUUUAAUCAGGGCUCCAAACCCUUCCCCAGGGCCAACGGAAGCGCGCAGGGCGCAUUGGGCCGAGUCUCCUCUUUUCAAAGCAGAGUCAACCCCAAUGGUUUCUCCCAGUCUUCCAGACCCGAUGCUGAUGAUGGUCUACGUGGCUCCACGUCCAGUCUCGUCUCUCCCUCAAGGCUACACUCCAUGUCCAGUCCACCCCAGGGUCUGCUGGGCUGCCACGAUCCUGGCGCCAAGCCAAACCACGUGCCAGCCCCAUCGCUGAAGAAAUACUCGUCGCAGGGCAACAUGUUCCAUUCCGAAGUGGACCGACCCGUGGCCUCCGUGAAGGAAAGCUCGGUCAGUCAUGGCUCCAUGCCGUCCCUCGACCUCCACAUAGCUGAAGACCUCGCUCUGGAUAACAAGGCGCCCUCCAACCUCAUGCACAAGUCAAGCGUACCUCCGUUAUCCGGGGUACGGUCUCUGCUGUCUCAAAGCGUUGCACCAGGCCAUGGUCAACGAACAGGUCAGAGAGAGCCAAGGAUCGGCCCAACUGGCACCGACUCCAGUUUAAAUGUGAAGCCUGCGCAAAAUGUUCGAGACGUGAGUUUUAGGCCGACUAAUUCACUUUCCAUUAAUGCGGCUGACUCCAUAUGCAUGUCUCAAGAGAGACAAAUUACAAGCACUGACCAGAGAGCAAGACCGCUCCCAAGAACGCAAAUUAUCCAGACUACACCAACAUCCCCCCCUAUCGCCCUGGCAAGGUCUAAGCAAAGCCUCUCAAAGACCUCCGCACAUCAGCUUGGAGACUUCCUACCUUCUGCCAUGGAUGUGGAGCCCAACCCAGUAGCCCAGCACCAGUUGCCCCAGUUUAAGUUAGUGGCCCAGCACCACCAGAUGGUUCAGGUCCCUGCUCCUGGCCCCUCCCCCGUACCUGAUUGGCAAGCAAAACUCGCGUGGAACUCGGCUUUGAAUGACGAUAUGUUGGCUCUGCAGAAAAUGGAAAAUCCAGCUUCGAUGAACAAGAACAACGAUUCCUUCUCAACCUCGGGCGAUUUGGAGGUACAUUAUCUCAACUCUAACGUCAUGCUGACCAACAAAAUGUACCUCGAUGGAAAAAUAGAGGAGGAAUUUCAAGAUCCACGUCUGGAGAAAGAGGUUAAGAUGCAUUUCAGGCAGCAAGGGUUGGAUCUAAAGGAGGUGAAAGUGAACAUGGCGGAGAGACCACAAGAGCCGGGACUCGUCUGUUCAGAAGGAUUUAAGAAAGAUGUGACGGGAAGAGAUCUCUUUGGAUAUGUGGGCAUUGAAGCAGUCCUGGAUCAGAUGAGGCGUAAAGCCAUGAAGACUGGGUUUGAAUUCAACAUCAUGGUCGUAGGUGAAAGUGGGCUCGGAAAGUCGACCUUGGUCAACACCUUGUUCAAGUCGAAAGUCAGCCGGAAGUCGUGCACGCCCAACUAUGUGGAGAGAAUCCCCAGGACGGUGGAACUUCAAGCUAUUAGUCACGUUAUUGAAGAAAAAGGAGUAAAGAUGAAUUUGACAGUUAUUGACACGCCAGGAUUCGGUGAUCAAAUAAACAAUGAAAACUGCUGGGAGCCAAUUGUGAAAUACAUUAAUGAACAGUAUGAAAAAUACCUGCGAGAGGAAAUUAAUAUCAAUCGGAAGAAGAGGAUUCCUGACACCAGGGUACACUGCUGUGUAUAUUUUGUGCCUCCCACUGGACACUGGUUACGUCCGUUGGAUAUAGAGUUCAUGAACCGUCUAGCCAAAAUAGUCAAUAUAGUCCCUGUUAUCGCAAAGGCUGAUACUCUUACCUUAGAUGAAAGACGAGAUUUUAAACAGAGGAUUCGACAAGACCUGCGAAACUAUUCCAUUUGCGUUUACCCCCAGACAGAGUUUGAUGAAGAUUCUGAAGACAAAUUACUAAACGACAUUGUAAGAGUAAGUAUUCCCUUUGCAGUGGUGGGCACUGACCAGGAGCAUCAGGUGAAUGGGAAGAAGAUAUUAGGGAGGAAAACCAAGUGGGGAAUUAUUGAAGUUGAGAAUGGGGCACACUGUGAAUUCGCAAAUCUAAGGGAUCUACUGAUCCGGUCCCACCUGCAGGAUCUUAAAGACGUCACACACAGGAUCCAUUACGAGAUCUACAGGGUGCGGAGACUAAACGAAAGCAACGGUAUAAUCAAGGGCUUGCCAAAAGAGAACUAUGUAUCCAGCAAAGAAAACCUGGAAAAUAACCACUGAGAGACCCAGCACCGCCGGCCAGCAAUAAACUUUGCAUAUUAACGUC